ACCGCACGGGACCGGCGAGAAGACCGCGACCUCCCUCUCUCUCUGCAUUCCCUCUUUUCAACCGACGAACCACCGCACGGGCGAGAGGACCGCGAGUAAUCGACGAACCACUGCACGGGACUGGCGAGAGGAUCGCGACCUCCCUCGACGGGACUGGCACGUGAUGUCUCACAUCAACCUCGACGGCUUCUUCGGCGACCUCCCUGGGACCGGCGACGUCUCCAGACUCGGGGCUCUCGACUCGGGGCUCUUGUGGUUCGACGAGAUCGAGAACAUCCUGAUGAAGGACGACGAUAUCCAUGUGCUUGCUGAGCCGGGGGCUGAGUGGCCGUGCCGGAGGGACUCGAGCUUCCCGCGGACCUUCGCUUCCCCGGCCCCUCGCCGCCGGCUUCUCCCCGCCUCCUGCAAGAUGCGGCAGCGCGGCCUCAGUUCUGGGAGUAGGAGGCCGCAGGUCAAGAAGGCUUCGCCGGAUAGGCCGCCGUCGAUUGUGAUUAAUGGAGAGGGCGAAGAGGACGCUACUUUGGCGGAGAGCAUGCGUAGCACCGAUUGGGAAAUUCUGGCGAUGACUCGAGGACGAUGA